UGCAUUCACUCUAGUUGCCGUUCAGGGUGAACAUCGAAAGGUGCUUUUAUCCAGAAGAACACGCCGAAUACGACCAUUCAAUAGUUUUUAUCGUCGCAACAACAAUCAAAUCGAAGAAAUGGAGAAGUACUGCCACUAAAGUUGCUGUUACGUUAAACCCAACGGAAGGACAACUCACCCACUUUCCCUAUGCUUAGAUGAGAAAAAUCCCUGGGCAACUUACGUGAGGGGUUGUCCAGGGAGACAAAAGCCGUGACACAUGUCAUCAAAUCCGCAAAAACAUGCCAAAUAAUGCCGGAACCUCCUGAAAAAUUAAGUCCAGCCAUCAUGGUCUCACCGCUGGUCGCCAGUGCACCAUCUUCGCCCAAACAUGCGAUGACAGCAGAAGCUUCCUCCGAUGUUAUGAAAAGAUCCAGUAGUUGCAUCGAGAACAAGUACAAGUGCACGAUCACCUCGGAACGGCUAAGUCGUCUAAGAAAAAUCGUCGAAACUGCCGUUAAAGAACAUAAAGUGUUCACGAUAAAAGGUGGCUGGCCAGUAAUCAGAAGAGAACUCCUCAAACGCAACUGGAUCGAAAAAUACGAACCAACAAUCACUAAAGCCAAGUCGUCUACAGCCCCAAACAACGACGACCUAAUCAGCAACCUCCCGGUCAAACACGACUGGGAAUCCCCCACUGCCUACACCGAAAAAUGUGAGAAAACAAUCAUGUCCCGCAUGCUUCAAAAUUUCGACGUGGACUUCUACUGGAGCAUGCGGAAAGACCAAUCGGAUCUCCUACAUCGUUCCAGCAGCUACAAGCUGAUGAAUCGGUUCAGCAAGUCGCUCUUUGCAUCUAAAGAAGGCCUGGCACUGUUACUGCAACAACAUUAUUGGUACAGCGAACCGGGAGUCUCCUGCGUCAAUUUCCCUCGCUGCUACGUACUAGGCUUUCCGGACCACUUCAACCACUUCGUCGAAGAUUUUCGCUUGACCGCCUGUGUGGGACUCUUAAAGUGGCUCAUACACACGUACGACACGGAAAACAAAUUUGGAAUACAAUCGCCGGAAGGUCAAGUACCACUAAGUUCGUUGCAGUUUGCUGUAGAUAGAUGUGCGGAGUUCAUCGAGGUGCAAAAACACAUGGAUAUUGAUAAGGAGUACCAGAGGGUUUGGGACCACGAGUGGGACCAAUUUUUGACGCAUUAUUACUCGGUUAUGCAUAAAAAUGCGUUGUUUGAUACUUCAGUCGAUCACCCUUUGACCAUGUAUUAUAUCAAAUCGAAAAACAUCCUGAACGACCUGCAAAAGUACUGGCCGGAGUACAACAUGGACGGGUGGAAGAACGUCUGGAUUUUGAAGCCGGGCAACAAGUGCAGAGGGAGGGGGAUUCAGCUGAUCAAGACAAUCUCGGAUGUGGAAAAGGUUAUGAAUUUGAAACUGAAGUACGUGGUACAAAAGUACAUUGAGAGGCCCCUUCUGAUCCACAAAACCAAAUUCGACAUCCGCCAGUGGUUCAUAGUGUCGAACGUCCAACCUCUCACAAUCUGGAUGUACCGAGAAAGCUACCUCAGAUUCAGCAGCCAAAUUUUCUCUUUAGACAACUUCCACGAAUCCCUCCAUUUAACAAACCACGCUGUUCAGUGUAAAUACACAAACGUGGAACAGCGUGACAAAGCCCUACCGCACGACAACAUGUGGGACUGUCACACUUUCCAAACCUGGUUAAAGCAAAUGGGUGUCAAAGAAAAAUGGAACGAAGUCAUAUUACCAGGGAUGCGAGAAGGGAUAGUUUGUGCCAUGUUGGCCAGUCAGGAUGUAAUGGACAGAAGACAAAACACUUACGAAUUAUAUGGGGCGGAUUUUAUGAUUUCGGAAGACUACAAACCUUGGUUAAUCGAAAUUAAUUGUAGUCCGGAUUUGUCUUCGUCCACUAGUGUCACAAGUCGAAUGUGUCCGCAAUGUAUGGAAGAUCUAGUAAAAGUCGUUGUUGAUCGAAAAAGAGAUCCAACGGCUGAGACAGGUUUGUUCGAUCUCGUGUACCGUCAGAACUUGCCCAGGGUGCCGCCCUACCUGGGAAUCAACCUCUCCGUCCGAGGUCGAAAAAUCUUCAGAAACAAGAACAAGCUAAGACUGCCCCCACGAGAGACCAAGAGCAAGGAUUACGAGAACAACGCCCAAAUGUGGCUCAACCGCAAGCAAGAGUUCAUAAAGAACGACAUGAAGAGAAGCUCCACGGCGCCGACGAACUUGCCCAAACUGGGCUCGCCCGGGUACAAGGGCCCGGUGAUCGAGGACCUGAUUGACGACCUGAGCAAGUCCGUGAAAAGCCCGAAAGUGGCGAAAGUCGAGGUGAUCAAAGUAGCAAAAUCGGACACGGUGAAGAAAAAGAGCGAAGGCGCCACCAAGCACAAACGUGACAGGGUAUCGCGCAAAAGGAGCUCUUCGAAAAGCAAAACUAACAAAAACCAUUUUGUCUCUAGAAAGCAACAAAACGCAAAAGAAAACAUUAAAGACGACGACGUCAGCGAUGACCAAAAAAGUAGCAGUUAUUUAGAAUUUUUCAACGAGUGGGCGUCGCGGAACAAAUCGCAGGAUUUCAAGGAAGCCAAAACCCAAAGGGAUGUAGGUGUUUGGGAACGCGAAACUGCAAGUAUAUUGAAGGGUAAAAAUAUUUUAAGUGGUGCACACAGCGAUGAUAUUGGCAAUAAAAAUUGCGUUAAGUCGAACGAUUGUUUUAAUUUAGAUGAUGGGAAUUUACUGCCACAUAUUAAUGCCAAUUGCAACAACGUAAAUUAAAGUUAUUGAGGUUAAUGUUCUUAAAUUCUAUUUCCAGUUAUAGCUUUUUCAUGAUUUAAGAUGGCAACUUCGAGUACCUACUUGUCGCUUUAACGAUGUUCGAAUGUUUCAGCUUUA